AUGCGUCCAGCAGCACACCACGGCCAUCGACAGCGCCGCCCACGAGCGCAGAAAGUCACGCAUGUUGAACAUCAAGGCGUGGGUGAUGUGACCUCGAUUUACGAAAUAGUGCCUCCCUCUGCAUCUGCAGUACCUAGUUCAUGCUCUGCGCAUGAAGCUUCACAUUCACUUCCAUCCACACCUCUGCCCUGCACGCUAGCCACCUUGGCCACGACAGCGACGGCGACAGCGACAGCGAAACACACAUCGGGCUUUCCAGCGACGCCAUCUACCUACCCCAAGCACUCACCGCCAAUGUUUUUGUACUCGCAUCCCAUCGUCCCGCCAAAAGUCUUCUCGCACACAAUGCAAACUCACGGUCCACGGCCCCUCCACCGCUCGCUCGCGCACAAAGAGCACUAUUCUGCAAACCCGCCGCUUGCGCAAAUCGGCGCAGCCCUACUGGUCUUCGUUCUCGUCACAGCGACCGCGUGGUGCAUCAUAGUGAUGGGCGUACACUGGCGCGGGACCACCACAGGAAUGGUGCCUGCAUCGCAGCGGCGUCGGUGCGACGAGCGAGAAUACGCCAUCGCAGAAGCAGCAGGGUGGUGGGCUCGUCAGCGUGCAUGGACGAGGUGGGCAAGCUACGCCGCUCUCCGCAGCGACGAUGGAGACGGAAGCCCCGCGUACGAGCUCGGAACUGCAACGCGCGAUCUGUGUACGCAUCUGGCAACUGGGACACAGGAUGCGUCGCCCACGAAUCCAUAUCUUGUGCCGCCGAGCCAGCGGUGGAGAAGAGCUGGCAGACAACGUGGCUCUGCGGAGUGGGCGGAGGAGCAUCGUUCGUACUUUUCCGCGUCGGGUACACGCUCGCCAGCCGCGGGUUCGGCUUCACGGGGCCUUGGCUCGCCGCGCUCGUUGUCUGGCGCUGAGCUGGAGGAAGUUGAGAGCGAGGCACGUGAGGCGCAGGGUCGAGGGGCAUCGCUCGCGUGUGGAGAUAGCCGAGAGGCGCUUGGAAAGACGGAGCGCACGAGUUGGGUGGACUUGGGGCUUGCUGCGGUCGAUGGAGCUGUGGAUAGGCUGGCUGGGAAGAUUGUCAGGUAUACUGAGGACGGGGGCAAAGAUGAAGCACUCUUGCUACCGCUUACUAAGAGCAAGCAGGAUUGA